CAGCUUUGGCAGUUUUUUGUAUAGUCACAUUAGUUAGAAAAUGAAAAUUUACAAUUCAAAAUUAAUAAAAUAUGAAAAUUGUUAGAAAUCAAAAGCUGCGUGCGGUGGGAAAGCUGGCGCAGCUUCUGAGCUCGCGACAUUAUUGUAAUGUAAUCCGACCAGAUUUGAAUAUCAUUUUGUCGGGCAGCAACAACAAGGGCCUGGGAUUUACCAUGGACGAGCGUCAGAGCUUGGGCGUCUAUGGCUACUGGGCGAGCUCAGUGCGCACCAUGGAAGCGCAGCUCAAUGCAGUGCUGACGAGCUUCAGAGCACGCGCCGAUCCCAUAGCAAAGUUCAUGUAUUUGAUGUCGUUGCGCAAUCGCCAUGAGCGGCUCUACUAUCGCUUUGUGCGCGAUCAUACGAAGGAGGUGCUGCCCAUAAUCUAUACGCCCACAGUGGGGCGUGCUAUACAGAUGUUUAGCAUGAUCUAUCGCGCGCCCAUGGGCAUGUUCAUCAGCAGCUUUGAUCGCGGGCACAUAGCCAAAAUAUUGCAGAACUGGCGCAGCGACGAUGUGCGCGCAGUUUGUGUAACCGAUGGCGGCCGCGUGCUGGGACUGGGCGACAUGGGCGCCAAUGGCUUGGGCAUAACGCUGGGCAAGCUGGCGCUGUAUACGGGACUGGCGGGCGUGCCGCCGUCGCUGCUGCUGCCCAUUGCUUUGGAUGUGGGCACGGACAACACAACGCUGCUCAACGAUCCGAUGUAUGUGGGCACGCGCAUGAAGCGCAUACGAGGUGAGCCCUACGAGCAGCUGGUGGAUGAGUUCAUGUGCGCAGUGGUGGAAAACUUUGGCAACGACACUUUCAUACACUUUGAGGACUUUGCCACACCCAAUGCGCUGAAGUUCUUGAAGAAAUAUCAGCACAGCUUUUGCUGCUUCAAUGACGACAUCCAAGGCACUGGCGCCACAGUGCUGGCGGGCAUGCUCAAUGUGGAGCGUCUGCUCAAGGUGAAGCUGCAGCAGCUGGUCAUACUCUUCGCAGGCGCUGGCAGCGCCGUACGCGGCAUUCUGGCCAUGCUGCUGACCGAGCUGCGUCGGCGUGGACUCACUGAAGCCGAAGCCACCAGCAAUAUUUACAUAUUCGAAAAGGAUGGACUGCUCAGCAGUGACAGCCAGCUGGAUGCGGAUAUUUGCAUUUAUGCCAAGGAUGUGCAGCCCAAGAUUACAACACUGCACCAAGCGGUGCAGCAGCUCAAGCCUGGCAUAUUGGUGGGCGCCACUGGAGCGCGCGGCUUGUUCAGCGCGCAGGUGCUCAGCGAAAUGGGCGCACACCAUGAACGUCCCGCCAUCUUUGCGCUCUCCAAUCCCACCGAGAUGUCCGAAUGCACCGCCGAGCAGGCCUAUGAGCAUACUGGCGGUCGUGCCAUCUACAGCUCCGGCUCACCCUUUCCGCCCGUGCAGUUCGAGGGCAAGCGUCUGGUGCCUGGUCAGGCCAACAAUUGUUUGGUAUUCCCAGGCAUUGCUCUGGGCGCCAUUUGCAUGCGUGCGCGUCAUAUGCCCUCUGAGAUUUACUCGGUGGCUGCGCAUAGGCUGGCCAAGCAUACGCCGGACAAAAGUCUAGCGAGUGGCAACAUGUAUCCAUCCCUGAAUGCAGCUAACGAGGUGUCGCUGGGCAUUGCUCUGGAUGUAGCCAAGUAUUUGAUUGAGAACGAUCUGUCCAAUGUCUAUCCGGCGCCUGUGGAUCUCGAGGCAUAUCUGCAGCAAUAUCUGUACACUUUGGACUAUGGCCCCUCGUUACCCGAAAAAUGGAAAGUGCCCGCUUUUGGACACAUCAAAAAAUAAAUAGCAAAAUGUCUUUUAAAUUUUAUGGUAUGGAAAUUAAGAUUUUAGCGAAAGCCACAAUAAAAUUAUG